AAAAAAGAGACGGGCAUAUUGAGAUAUAUUGCCCAAUUCAUACCGAUAAAGAAAACGAAAACAACAAAAGAAGAAGCAAGGCAACGACAAAGCUCAUCAACUGUAUCCAGACGCAAGGGAAAGAGACAUAGGAAAAGAGACAUAGGAAAAAGAAAGGGAUACAAUACAACCCAAGAUAUAAAAAUGGCUGCAAUCGAGGUCACGCCCAUUACGGAACAAGAUAUCCCUGGCGCAAUCGAUGCCGUGCAGCAGGGAUUCGCAGAUGAUCCGUACAAUCACUGGAUCUUUGACCGGUCAAAGUUCAGCGCCGAACGCAACCGCGCGUCACUCGGGCUGCGCUGCAAAUGGGGCAUGCGCAACGCGCUCUUCUUCGUCGCCAAGGAGGCCGGCUCCGACACCGUCCUCGGCGUGGCCAUGUGGAUGCGGCCCAAGCCACUGACGAGCGCGGCUGCGCAGUCAUCGUGGACCGACUGGUUCGAGUCCUGGCGGUUAUGGCUGGACCAAGUCUUUAUGAAUCUGUGGUAUGGACGGGGCGGACUGAACGUCAAGAGAUACUACAUUUGGAAAUCCUCACAAUCGCUCAUCCAGCACAAACUGUGGACGAAUCCCGGCGGGUACUAUUUCUGCAACAUUGUCUCCGUGCUGCCCGCCGCGCAGGGCCGCGGGGUCGGGAAACUGCUCUUCAAGACGGUCACGGACAUGGCAGACCGCGAGGGCGUGCCGUGUUAUCUGGAGAGCAGCAAGGACGAGCCGAAUGUGCGGAUUUAUGAGAAGUUGGGGUUUCGACUUGCGGGCAAUUUGGACUGCGAUGAUGAUGGGGUUGUUUGUAAGUUAUUCGCCAUGAUUCGAGACCCGCAGGUCCCACAAGACCUGCAAGGCCCGCAAGGCCCGCAGCCAGACAAUUCGACCACCGCAGUACUAGACCACCCGAGUGUAUGUAAUUGAAACGACUGCGGACUCGAAUAAAAGAACCACUUAUGAUUCAGCGACGAAAAAUCAUAGAGAUAUCACGUAAGCAUAUAGAGCAUAUAUCAACAUAUAAAUUGGACAGCAUGCAAUUCACAUGUCAAAACUUCCACAAUUCAAAU